CACACAGGCAAGCUCACAGAAGAGACGUACUUUGGAACAUUAGCUAAUCCGAGCUAGCGGUUUGCAGCACAUUGACAUUCCAACACCAACGCUAGCUGUGCAAACGCCUUGGAAAAUGCUGGCAGCUCCAGUUCCCAGCCUUCUGCUCCCUCUUGCUAUGCUUGUGUUGAUAUGGCCAUCACAGAAGCUUUCUGAAGCCUGCAGUUGCUCACCAGUGCACCCUCAACAGGCCUUCUGUAACGCAGACAUAGUUAUUCGAGCCAAAGCCGUUACUGGAAAAGAGGUGGAAAGUGGGAAUGAUGUCUAUGGUAAUCCCAUCAAAAGGAUCCAAUAUGAGAUCAAACAAAUUAAGAUGUUUAAGGGACCCGAUAAGGAUAUAGAAUUCAUCUACACGGCUCCAUCUUCAGCAGUUUGUGGGGUGACACUGGAGAUCGCUGGAAAAAAGGAGUAUCUGAUUGCAGGUAAAGCCGAUGGUGAUGGAAAGAUGCACAUUACUCUUUGUGACUUCAUUGAGCCAUGGGAUUCUCUUACCCCAACUCAGAAGAAGAGUCUCAAUCAGCGAUAUGAAAUGGGCUGCGAGUGUAAGAUAUCCCGUUGCCCCUCCAUUCCCUGCCUUGUCUCUUCUCAGGAUGAGUGUCUCUGGACAGACUGGGUGACUGAGAAGAACAUAAACGGACGACAGGCAAAACACUAUGCUUGUAUAAAACGCACUGAUGGCUCCUGUUCCUGGUAUCGGGGGAUGGCACCUCCAAAGCAGGAGUUCCUUGACAUUGAGGACCCCUAAAUCCAAGUUUCCCAAAUCCCAGACAUAAGUUCUGAGGGGCCAGCCCAGAAGGAAAGGAUCCCAACACGUUUGUAUGGUCCUGAAUGGACGUCAUAUCCUGCAAAUGUUGUGGCUGGAAGGAAAAAGUGACAUUGUAAGCCACAUUGGGCCAAAAGUUUAACCCCUUCAGUGCUGGGCCAUUUGCAAGCAUUGAACGGAUUAAAUUGUUCAAAGAUGUAUGCAGACCUGCCCCAACCGGCCCUCUGCUUAAAAUUCUCUCAUUUAGCUUCUGUUUAGACUUCCAAAAAGCCCUAUUUGUAAGUAUCUCCCUUUAAUCUGUGUAGCUGGUCUACAGCCCCCCUCUCUUACUAAUAUGGGUUCCAUUGUAAUCUUUCUUCGCAUUUAGUCUGUUUGUAUUUGUUGAAGCUAUUCAUUCCUUGUGUGGUAGGGAGAGUGAAGUUUCAUUCCUAUCACCCUAACGCAGGAGUUUCAUUUUCUCUUCCGCAUUCUCUAAUUAGAAUGUGUAUUUAAAUUACGUAUCUUAAUUAUUGUAUGGUUCUCUCCAGCAAUGGUUUUUACAUAGUUAUCCCAGCUAGCUGCCAGCAAAUUAUUUUUGAGAUACUUUCCAUGCAGGGCUUUUUUUUUUUUUAUAGCCAGAAAGAGACAAAAAAAAAAAAGUAGUUUUUAGAACCACCAAUGGAUGCUAGCCUUUAAGGGAUCCUGUUUGAAAACCACUGCUAUAAAAAUUAUAUUUAUCAGCUUAACGCUCUAGUCAUGGAGUUGAGAAUACCUAUCCUUAUAACUGUUGCUUUCAAUCUUUGUUUGUUUUUCGAACACAACCCAUCAUAUAAUUUUAUAAGCGCGGGUCCUGAAUUGCAGCAUAGUAAGCAGUGACAGUUGCCUAGUGCUAUCUCUGUACAAAGAUAUGUAGGGUGCCCACAUUUCUACCAGAAUAAGUUCUAAUUCUUUCAAAUAAAUUCAAAGUUACAUUUCAAAAACAACCCUCUACAGACGUACACUCAACUCCUGGCUAUACGCAAUGCAGAACCCAUAAAUCCUUGUAUAGGUUGCUGGUAUCACCUAUAAGAGCAGCUCAGUAACGUAUAACUUACUCCUGAUUUUAGCCUUGAUUAGUCCAUGAUGUACUUUACUCUUUACUUAUACAUAGCUUGUACUUUAAGCUGCAUAACAGUCGCACCAACACCCAUAAUGCAACCAUUAACAACAGCAUGCACAAAGGUGUAUACCACUCAACAUCCUUGUGCCAACAAAAUGCUGUAAUUCACAAUACUGCUACUUGUAGAGUCCUUGCUUGGUAAGUAUAAACUGUGCAUUUAUCUGCUGCAAGUAUUAAUUUAAAGCUUAGACUUUUUUUUACAGCAUAAACCUAAAUAUUACUAUAACUCGCAGACAGUGGAAGGAAACUGCAUGCUCUGCUAUUUGCACAUCUUCAGGUGUUUGAUGAUUAAAAGCUCUGUACAGUAUGUGAAAGGUUUCAUCUAUGGCAUUAAAUGAUUAUUAUCUGCCACAAA